GAACCUACAGGGUGGUGAAUUUAUUUGACACACAGAAAGCAAAGAAAAUUAUUUAUUCUCACAUAAAAAUGGAAAUUGAAAUGGAAAUUAAGCAAGAAAUAAAGGAAGAAAUAGAUGAUGAACUGCCCGAGAAGGAGAAUAACUUCCUGGAAUGUUCUGUCGUGAAGGAGGAGUACUGUGUUGUCAAAGAGGAACCACCUGAAGAGGACAUUCCGGAUGAAUUACCCCCGGAAGAGCUUCCUAGCCAGGGCUGUGAGAGCAUGAGUAGACAACACCAUGCAGCUCCACAGGAAGUGGUUCAAUUUGUCAUUGAGGAAAUCCAAGAGAAACCUUAUCAGUGUCCCACUUGUCAGGCAUCCUUCUUCACAGACACCAUCCUCAAGGGGCACAUGGUGGAACAUCAUUCAACAGACUCCACCUUCAACUGCCCCGAAUGUGCAAAGACAUUUGCGAACAAGGAGAGUCUCCUUUCACAUGUGGCAUCACACCUUAGGGAUCAAAUGCUUCCUGAUCUUCCAUGCAAGUACUGCGGGAAGAUCUUCAAGAGUCCCGGACGUUUGGAAAGUCACGUGAAGAGUCACGAAAAUCAACUUCGUCGUGCCAAGAGGGAGCAUGUUUGUCCCAUCUGUAGGGCUGGUUUUGUGAAUGACACCGAAUUGGAAGCUCACAAGGAGGCAGCACACAGUGCGGAGGAAGCUGGCCAGAAUGCAAAGAAUCCCAUGAAUGCGACGAAUAUUGCAAAGGAGCGGCAUCAGCGGGGAAAGGCUCUUCCUUUUGAGAAAAAGGAGAUGGUUGUUAACAUUUACAAUGAGACAAAAGAGAAGAACCCGGAAUUCGGUGUAACAGAUCUAAUUCAGAUCACAGCUGAAACAUCGGGUAUUGGGAAGAGAUCAAUUUGGAAGAUUAUAAAUAACUACAGGAGGAACAAGACAAUUGUUGCGCCGGAAACAACCAAGAAGAGGCAUUGCUUUUCACUUAAGGUUCGAAUGAAUAACUUCACAAAGAGCGCCAUUAGGAGGCGUGUGAAUGGGUUGUACCUCAAGAGGACUGCCCCUGGUCUCCAGAAGGCCUUUGAGGUGGUCAACAACGACAAGAACCUUCCGGAUGUAAAGAGAUCAACAUUCUACAAUCUCUUGCUUGGGAUGAAUUUUACUUUUGUCAAGUGCAAAGGGAAGAAUACGCUGAGGGAGAAGGAGGAGAUUAUCAAGUGGCGCAGUCACUACCUCCGAAGCAUCCGGAAGUACCGUGAAGAAGGACGAAUGAUCUACUUUUUGGAUGAAACACCUUUGGAGGUGAAUAUUAGUAAGAAAAUGAAGCGUUUCCUCAUUAUGCAUGUUGCCUCCGUGGAGGGGUUUGUUGAAGGAGCCCUCCAUUGGUUUGAAACCGAUAAGAAGUUGGGAGAAGAAGAAAUGACUGGAGAUGCCUUCUUGGAGUACUUCCGGAAGAUUCUUCCACAUCUCCGUGGCAAUUCUGUGAUUGUAAUGGAUGAUGCUUCGUAUCAUUCGGUUAAAUCGGAAAAUAAUGUCGUUGAUUGGAUUGAUGAUGUUGCCGAGAAGAGUGGUCAGACCAUUCUUCGUUUACCUCCCUAUCAUGGAGAUCUCAAUCCCAUUGAAUACGCCUGGCCAGCUUGCAUGGCCUACAUGCAGGAGAAGCUUCCCGCAUCCCCCGCCAAUGUUGCUGAUCUCCUCCAAGAGGCUACAACAUCCCUCAUAACGCAGCAAGACUGGAAGGAUUAUGCCCUAAAGGCUGAAGAGGAGGAAGCAAGAUGUACUCAAGUUGAUGAGAUUGCCAAUUCAAUGCUCAACGACGUAGAAAUGACUUCCGAGGAUGAAUAUGAUCCAUCAUCAUCAGGCAAUAGCUCCAAAUCUUAAGAUUAAGAAUCCCAAAAAUCCCUCUUUGUAUUAUUUAUUUAGUACCAUUAAAUCAAUUUUCAUGUAAAA